AUGGGCGUGGAAAAUUACCAUGUGAUAGAGUUAGUGGGUGAAGGUUCUUUUGGAAAAGUGUACAAAGGAAGGCGCAAGUUCACUGGCCAGACUGUAGCAAUGAAAUUCAUCCCCAAACAUGGUAAAAGUGAGAAGGACAUACUCAAUUUAAGGCAAGAAAUAGAGAUUUUAAGAAAAUUGAAGCAUGAAAAUAUCAUAGAAAUGCUGGACUCCUUUGAGAGCCCGCAAGAAUUUUGUGUUGUCACAGAAUUUGCCCAAGGCGAGCUCUUUGAAAUUCUUGAGGAUGACAAAUGCCUUCCUGAAGAACAAGUUCAAGCAAUUGCGAAACAGCUGGUGAGAGCAUUGUAUUAUCUACAUUCAAAUCGUAUAAUUCAUCGUGACAUGAAACCACAGAAUAUACUCAUUGGUGCUGGAUCCAUUGUUAAGCUUUGUGAUUUUGGUUUUGCACGUGCGAUGUCUGCAAACACUGUGGUAUUGCGAUCCAUAAAAGGUACUCCUUUAUACAUGGCUCCAGAAUUAGUACGAGAACAACCCUACAAUCACACUGCUGAUUUGUGGUCUCUUGGUGUAAUUUUAUAUGAACUAUUUGUUGGACAGCCGCCAUUUUAUACAAAUUCGGUCUAUGCACUCAUAAGGCACAUCAUCAAGGAUCCAGUUAAAUAUCCAGACAACAUGAGCUCAAAUUUCAAAAGCUUUUUACGAGGUUUGCUGAAUAAGGUUCCACAAAACAGACUGACAUGGCCUGCUCUCCUUGAACAUCCUUUUGUUAUUGAAACUUCCAACGAUGUAGAAGAGAAGCAUACCAUGACAACAUCUUUGAGCAAUGGAGGCAAUGAUCAAAACUCAACUAGAUCAACUGUCGCAAGUCCAGAGAGUAAAAGCCACACUCUCGUAGAUAGUGAAAAUGAGAGGGUUCAGAAAUCUCCACCCGAUCCUCAUUCAAACGGAACUAACUCAGCAACAGACAAUGUCCUGGCAAGGGAAGACUUUCCAGGUUUUCCAAGUCCCGGCGGUGUUGUACAGUCAGGUAGUGAAGUUUUGAAUCGCUUGGACAAUAAUUCCCGUACAGUUAAGGGUGCUAAAAUAAUUGGCCUAGACAAUGAAGCAUUGGCAGCAAUUCUGCUCCCUCUGAAAGGUUUUCGCAAAGGAUGCCAAAACCCCUGCAGGGAUCAGGAUAUAAUUACUUUGAACCAAUCGCUGAAAAUCCUUUCAAACUUAGUUGCUGCUGGUGCUAUCCAAUUAAGGGGGAUUCUUGAUGAAAUGAUAAGUGAACUUCUUGGCUUCAGUUCUGCUGUAGUUCAUCUGAAAGAACUGAAAGUCGCCGAUGGUAAUGACUUGGUGGCAAAGGGCUUAUUUGUCACGAGAAGAUUAUUAGAGAAUUAUGGAGGUGGUAUUGAAGAUUCUUAUUUCGGGCAUUGGGUUGCACUAGUUGAAUUGUAUUCAAAGAUAGCAGGUAGUGGUGAUGAGGCAUCUGGAAGAGUUAUGUAUGAGUCCACUUCUUGUAUUGCAGUCAUGUUAUCUGAAGUUGCACAUUCACUCAAAGCAUCUGCGGCAGCUUCAACCCCUGAGGCAGGUUCUGCCUCAUCAGUGGUGAAUAAAACUCUUAAACUAGUUUUGGACCAUGCUAGAACUUCAGGCGUAGUGCAUCAUUUGUGUUUGUGCUUAGAAUCUUCGGGCACGAGUCGCAUAUCAGGCUCUUCAAUUUUUUUGCGAGUUGCUUGUGAAGCCUGCAGGGGUAUUUGGUCACUGAUAGAUGCACUUGAAGUUCUAUCUGUUAAAGGAAAUGCACUAUUUCCACUAAACUAUUUGCGGAGCCAUUCUCUAAUCCGACUUGACAUUAAGGAACAUGAUAAUGAUCCGUGGAAUGGAACAGAUUCAGAAGAAAUCAUUGAUGCAAUCACAAAAGCAUUUCUCAGGUCAAAAGCCAUACAGGUUGCCAUGUACUUUUGUCUUCAUCAACGCCGCGAUAGAGGUUUGAGUGCUGGUGUACAGCUUAUCUUGAGAUGUUGCAUGCACAGUGAAUUUGUUGUUAAUGUGCUUUGUGGUCUGCCAAGUAAACUACCUGUUACCACCAUUGUGAGUGGCGGAGGAGAUGGAACAAUUAUUUCUGAGAUUUUCUCCAUACUGUCCUUUUGCGCUGCUUCAAAUAAAGAGACAAAUGGAGGAGAAGCAGAUAAUCCUAAAUUUGAAGUAACUUAUGCACGCGAUCUCGUUCUGCAUUCAUGCCUUGUACUCGCCACAGUUGCGCAGUUUUUGAAGUUAUCUGGAAGAAAUUCUUCUUUGUUUAUGCUAACGUCAUCAAAAAAACAGUCUGCUCGUCUGUCAGUCCUUGCAUUCCAUUUUUCAUCUGAUGAAAGGAUGCAGUCCUCAUUGCAGCCUCCUCGUGCAGCUGCUAUGCUAGCUCUUGCAUCCAUUCUGUCACUUGAAUCUGGAACUACUAUUGAGAAUGCCAUUACCGAGACAGCUCUGCCAUUAAUUCCUCGAACAGCUACACUUUGUGACCAUCUAAGAGGCCCGGUAGUGGAUGAAACUGGAGUGAACCUCAAUACACAGAAUGGUCUGCUCUCAUAUUGGCAUGGCCUCAGGGAUGGGUGUGUUGGACUAUUGGACUCGAGACUAAAGUGGGGAGGACCUAUGGCUGUGCAACAGUUAUGUGCAAGUGGUACUCCUCAGCUUCUUAUUGAUUUAUUGGCAAACAAUAUUUCAAUUGCUUCUAAUCAAAGAUCUGAAUGCUCACAAGAUCAAAUUGGAUUAUCGCCUGCUGGGGUUGUGUGGACAAUUUCAUCAAUCCGUCAAUGCCUCUCUGGUGGAGUUUCAACAUUUCGCCAAAUUUUGCUAAGGGCAGAACAUAUCAAGUGCAUUUCUGAUCUAAUAUCUGAUGUACAUCUUAAGCUUGUUAGGUGCUGGAAUGGACCUGGUGGAGGGAAAAAUGGACUCAGGGAUACAAUUAAUACAACAAUUGACCUCUUGGCAUUUCCUUUCGUAGCUGCACCGAAUGCUCCUGGUUUGCCGUCUGCUACUGCUUCAGUAAACAGUGGAUUCCUUCUUAAUAUGGGUUCACCUGGUGGGCAGGUUUGCACUGUAGAUGAAGACAUGAUGAAAGCGAUACAGACCAACAUGAAAAAGUAUAUUCAGAUCCUUCUGGAGGUUGAAGUGCCAGCCAUCAUUCUUCGGUGCUUGGACCAUAUGGAUUUGAAAGACGUUGCUAGGCCAGUUGCAUUUAUCGCCAAACUUUCAACACAACAACCGCUUGCCAUUCAACUUGUAGGUAAAGGCUUGUUGGAUCCAACAAGAGUGAAAAGAUUGCUUAAUGGCCCCUGCCCGAGGGAAGUCACCAUGGACAUUCUCAUGAUUGUUUCAGAUUUAGCUCGUAUGGAUAAGCUAUUUUACAAACAUAUCGAUGGGGCAGAUAUCUUAGAUUCUCUCAAGCACUUUCUUACACAUGAAGAUUCCAAUGUGCGUUCUAAGGUGUGCAGUGCUAUUGGCAACAUGUGCCGCCAUAGCUCCUAUUUCUACAGUUCACUGGCAAAACAUGAAAUCAUUGGUCUCCUUAUUGAUCGAUGCGCUGAUCCUGAUAGACGAACACGGAAAUUUGCUUGUUUUGCUGUCGGCAAUGCUGCUUAUCACAGCGAUUCGUUAUACGACGAGCUCCAAAGAGCCAUCCCCCAGCUAAGGAAUUUGCUACUUUCUCAAGAAGAAGACAAAACUAAAGCAAACGCUGCAGGUGCACUCAGCAAUCUUGUUCGGAACUCUAACAAGCUUUGUGAAGACAUUGUUUCUAAAGGAGCCAUGCAGGCGUUGUUAAAAGUGGUGGCAGACUGUUCGGUGGUGGCACUGAACCCAAGGAGAGAUGCCAUAAACGAGUCUCCUCUAAAGAUAGCCCUGUUUUCAUUGGUGAAGAUGUGCGCAUAUCCGUUGUGCAGGCAAUUCAUUCGCUCGUCAGAGCUAUUCCCUAUAAUAGCACAACUUCGACAAUCACCAGAAUCAACAAUUGCCAAUUACGCCUCCGUCGUUGUUAAUAAGGCCUCAGAAGUUUGA